AUGUCUGCUACCACAACUGAAAAUGAUACAUAUUUAGUCGAAAACUGGGAUACCGAAACACUGCAUGGCAGAAAUUUUGGUCAUAGUGAAAAUCACGGUCCUUUACUUAGAAGCGAUGCUCCUGGUGAAAUUUCUCGAGUUAGUAAAUUGCCGUUAAGUAUUUCAUUUACCGACGAAUAUCAGGUGUUAUACAAUGGUGUAAAAAAGAUUUUAGAUGUAGCUGUCGACAUAGACAUAGAUCAACGUGAAUUACGCGCACAUUUGUCGGGAAGUUAUAAAGUGGCAAGGAAUAGAAGGAAGUUGGACGCUGCCAAAAAUAAUCUUACAACGCGCCAAGGACAGCUCGUCUCAGCGCUAAGAAUAACUCAUUCAUUCGCAGUUCCAAAUGUUUCACCUUGA